GAUAUUAGUGUAUGUGUUUAUCUUGAAAAAGGAUUUUCUGAAAAAAAGAAAAAAAAAUCAUUUUAUCAAAAUUCGCCAUGAUUUAAUCAUCCGAAUGGUGAAGUUUUGUUUCUGUUUGUUAUCUGAUAAACAAGGAUGCCAAAGAAAAAAUUUAAGCAUUUGAAAGAGACGGAUGUUUCAGAGAUUGAGAGGAGAAUUAAAGCAAAUGACCCAGUCUACAAUGAGCAGUUUGAAUAUGCGAAUAACUACAUCUGUACAUCCAAAUAUACAAUUAUUUCAUUCGUUCCAAAGAACUUGAUAGAGCAGUUACAGAGGAUAGCCAAUGCAUACUUUCUUGGUCUACUUAUUCUACAGCUCAUUCCUGCGAUAUCUUCGUUGCCGUUUUAUACUACCCUCGUACCAUUGGUCUUGGUGCUUGGUGUUACAUUAGUCAAAGAUGGCCUUGACGACUACAGACGACAUAGAAGUGAUGAUCAGGUUAACAAUAGGAAAGCAACGGUUUUACGAGAUGGAAAAAUGAUGGAAGAAGUAUGGCAGAAAGUUGUUGUCGGUGACAUCAUUAAAAUGGAAAACAAUCAAUUUGUUGCUGCAGAUUUACUGCUACUGUCUACCAGUGAACCAAACAGUUUAUGUUAUAUCGAAACAGCUGAGUUAGAUGGGGAAACAAAUUUAAAGGUGCGUCAAGCUUUACCAGAAACUGCUGAAAUAGACAAUGAUAUUGUAAAAUUUUCUGAGUUUGAUGGAGAGAUAAUAUGUGAAGCACCAAACAACCGACUACCUAAAUUUGAAGGAAAACUAAAUUGGCAAGGGCAAACAUACUCUCUCGAUAACGAUAAAAUUCUUCUAAGAGGUUGUGUUUUACGUAAUACUCAGUGGUGCUAUGGGCUAGUCGUGUUCUCGGGUCAUGAGUCCAAGCUUAUGAUGAAUUGUGGAAAAACUGUGUUUAAACGAACAAACAUUGAUAGGCUUAUGAAUGAUUUAAUUAUAGGUAUUUUUAUUUUCCUGUUAAGUAUGUGCCUAAUCUGUACAAUUGCGUGUGGUAUCUGGGAGAGCCAAAUAGCUGGAGAUAAAUUCCAGAUUUACCUCCCCUGGGAGAGCUACAUACCUGGAACUAUAUUAGGAACAAAAGAUGGUUCAGUGACUGAAGGGGCAACAACUCUGUCUCUACUGACUUUCUUCUCCUAUAUCAUUGUCCUGAACACAGUAGUGCCUAUUUCUUUAUAUGUUAGUGUAGAGAUUAUUCGAAUGGGAAACAGUCUAUUGAUUAACUGGGACAGUAAGAUGUAUUACGAAGCAAAAGAUGACCCAGCCAAGGCAAGGACAACAGCAUUAAACGAAGAGCUUGGUCAAAUUGAAUAUAUCUUCUCAGAUAAAACAGGGACACUCACACAGAACAUAAUGGAGUUCAGGAAGGCGUCUAUCAAUGGUAAAUCAUAUGGUGAUUAUCUUGAUGCUAGUGGGACUGCUUUAGAGAUUACAGAGUCGGAUGAUAGUGUAUUUAUCGGAGAUUCUGAUUUAGAACCACGUGCUAGUAUCCCAUCAACGCCUAGGUGUGAUUUUUCCGAGAAUAAAUAUUAUGAGGAAAGUUUUUGUUUCUACGAUAGAAGAGUACCUGAUGGAAUAAAGAGGCAGGAUCAACACAUGCAUGAUUUCUUCAAACUUUUAGCGCUAUGCCAUACAGUGAUGCCUGAGGAUAAAGAUGGAAAAUUGGAAUAUCAAGCCCAGUCACCAGAUGAGGGAGCCCUUGUAACAGCCGCCAGAAACUUUGGAUUUGUCUUCAAGUCAAGAACACCAAACACUAUAACGAUAGAUAACUGUGGGACAGAAGAGACUUAUGAUCUGCUAGCCAUACUUGAUUUUGAUAACGUCAGGAAAAGAAUGUCUGUGAUAGUAAGACGUAAUGGUAAGAUACAGCUAUGGUGUAAAGGUGCUGAUUCCGUGAUUUAUGAGAGACUCGACAAGUCGUGUAGAGAAAUGCAGGAAUUAACAACACAUCAUCUUAAUGAAUUUGCCCAGGAGGGAUUAAGAACUCUAUGUUUAGCCGUCAAAGAAAUUCCAGACAGUGUAUAUGCAACAUGGGCAGCUAAAUAUAAGGAGGCUAGUAUAAGUAUGGAGAAUCGUGAAGACAAGAUGAACGAAUGCUAUGAGGAGAUAGAAACUAAUCUGAUGUUGAUUGGUGCAACAGCUAUUGAAGAUAAGCUCCAAGAUGGUGUACCGGAUGCUAUAGCGAACCUAGCUAUGGCUGGUAUUAAGAUCUGGGUCCUCACUGGAGAUAAACAAGGGCCUGAGGAAAACACUGAGCAUGUAGAUUCUGUUAGGUUUGCAAAUGGUGGAAACCCUACAGGAACAGCUACAUUUAACUCGGUUGACGAGACAGUCAGUUUGGAAGGGUCGUCUGAUUUUGCUCUAGUCAUAAAUGGACACAGUCUGGCACAUUGCUUAAAGCCGGAAUUAGAGAUGAUAUUACUGGAGUUAGGCUGUUCCUGUAAGGCGGUGAUAUGUUGCCGAGUGACACCUCUACAGAAAGCUCUUGUUGUAGACCUUGUUAAGAGGAAUAAGAAAUCAAUCACAUUAGCUAUAGGAGAUGGUGCCAAUGAUGUUAGCAUGAUUAAAACGGCACAUAUUGGCGUAGGAAUAUCUGGUCAGGAAGGAAUGCAGGCUGUUCUAUCGAGCGAUUAUUCCUUCUCUCAAUUCCGUUACCUUGAACGGUUGUUACUCGUGCAUGGACGCUGGUCGUACCUGCGUAUGUGUAAAUUUCUCAAGUUCUUCUUCUACAAGAACUUCGCUUUCACCCUUUGUCAUUUCUGGUAUGCCUUCUUCUGCGGGUUUACUGCUCAGACACUAUUUGACCCAUAUUUUAUCUCAUUUUACAAUGUAAUGUACAGUUCAUUACCAGUUCUGGCUCUUGGACUGUUUGAUCAGGAUGUGAACGAUUAUUACUCCUUGCGUUUUCCGAAACUUUAUCAUCCUGGCCUAGUGAAUCUGCUGUUUAACAAGAAAGUGUUUGCCCUCAGUGUCAUUGAGGGGGUCCUAUCAUCUAUAGUAUUGUUUUUUAUACCAUACGGGGCCUUAUUGGAGGAAGUUACACCAUGGGGCAAGGACCAAGCUGACAUACAGUCCUUUGGUGUUGUUGUCGCUAGUACACUUGUUGUUGCUGUUAAUUUAAGGUGUGCCUUAGAUACUUCCUAUUGGACAGGGUUCAACCAUUUUGUGAUAUGGGGGAGCAUUAUUUACUACUUUUGUUUCAUCUUGGCAAUGUAUGCAUCUGUUUUCAAUUACACAUAUCAGGGAGCAGCUUUUGCCGUGUUUUCAUCGGCGAACUUUUGGUUGACAUUGAUUUUAACAAAUGUGAUAUUAUUAGUUCCUGUGGUGGCAUACCGAUUCUAUAUGACAAACAUUAAUGCUUCACUCACAGACAGGGUACGUAUGAAACAACGACUUACCAAGUCCAAGUCUCGGUCGAGAGACUUACAUAUCAGAAGAACGUCAACAUUCCGUCGCAGCGCCAGAUCUAUGCGAUCCGGUUAUGCAUUCGCCCAUCAGCAAGGUUUUGCCGAGCUUAUUACUAGUGGUACAAAUAUGAGGGAUAGAGCAUCUUCUGUGCAACUGAAAAGUCCAGUGACUUUGACGAAUGUUAAAAAAUUCGACGGACAUAGUGCUCAUUCAUCGAAACCGACAAACGGUGUAACAGCUCCCGCGACACAUCCCAAUUCACUGGAAUCGUACGACAAAGGGAAAGUAUUAUACUCUGAUAAAUUGUGAUGUUCUAAAGCUCAUGAUUAAAUUUUUAUACAUGAAUAUAUAUGUAUAUAUAUGCAUGAACUAUGUAUGUAUAUAUAGUUAAAAAAAUAGAUAAAUAUUUUGUAUAUCUAUUCAUCAGUCUUAUUUUAGGGAUUUAAAAUUUUAGUUUUCUCGUUUUAUUGUCUUAUGUUUGUUUUUAAAAUGUCUUCUACUGUUACGAUUUUAGGAAUAUUUGAUUUAAGUGUGACACAUAAUGUUUUUAAAUUGAUUGUCAAUGACUGUUUGCCAAUAUAUUUUUUUCCCAACUCUUACCUUUAUAAUGUGGAAUUGUUCACAUUUGGGUCUAAAGAAUUUCUAGUAAUUCCUUAAACAGAAUCCUCCUAUGAAAUACUGCUAAUUACCAAAUUUUACUUAGAUAAUAAUGUUUUCAUAUUUCAUAACCUAAUUAUGGACUUUAUAAGAUUUGAACUGUAUAUUAUUUUGUUAUGUUGUGAAAUGACUAUCUUUGCAAAUAACAAUACCCUUGCUUUAUUACAAAAUGACAUCCAUGGCAUAAUAAUACCAUAAAAUGUACUCUUUUUUUUGUAUUCACAUUCCAUUUUCCGUACACAUUCUAUAUCACAGCAUUAAUAAUAUUUAGUGUAAUGAACAAAAGUAUCCUCGUAUCACAGCAUGACCCUCGUAAGCCACAUUAUCUACAUUUACCACAAUUUAUGCUUGCUUUUUACCACAAUACCUGUAUUAUUACCAAAAUGGCCCUCAGUUAAACAUACAUCAUUCAUUUUAUAAGAUAUAUUUCAUUUACUAAUUACCACAUGAAAUGCAAUUUUCCGAAUGAACCUCAAUUUAACAGAUUAACCAUCCCCUGCCCUCACUCCUCCCUUCCCCAUUAAUAUGACACACAUUUGACACUAAUUCCAUCAAUUAUUAUUCAACAUUAGCUUGUUUCACUGAACUGUUCUUUAUACCGCACAACCUACAUUUUACCACAUAACCCCUCCAAUUAAAAUGCAUCACUGUAGUACAUCAUUCACUUACUAAUAUCACCCUCAUUUCACCUCAUUUGCCACUGUACACCUUCUUGUAUAGAUAUUGUUAACAAUGCACCUUAUUAUGUUCACCGUCAUAUCCAGAGAUAUUUGUGACAUAAAAGAAAUUGAUAAUCUCUUUGAUUUCACCUAAAAUACAGCUAGCAUCUGGCUCCAAACUAUGUUUAUUGAAUAUUCAGUAUCAAACUGUCCUCCAAUUCUUGCUCAACUGUAACGCUAUGCUCUAUUUUCAAAGUACCAAGUCCUCCCAAAGUUAAACCUAUAAACUGAUAAACCAAUGUAUACAAAAGUCUUUAUACUAGCCAGUGAUAAUAGCGACAAAUAAAUUGAUAAAAAUAUUUUUGCAAUGCAGGAAGCAGAAGUAAAUCAGACUAGAACUUGGGUGUUCUGACGGGACAUGGAAGAUAAAAAACUUUGUAUCCGAUCUCCAAAAGUUAAGACCUUAAAAUGGUGAGGAUUAGAUGGUUAUCUUUCUUAACACCUGGAUUUGUUACAUAUGUAUACCACAUAAAACCAUCGAUUCCAACGGUUUGAUACCUUUACUUAAACUGCAUUUGACUAGCAAUAAAAAACAACAGACUACAAAUGACUCGAUAAAGUGACUAUUAGUUUGUGGCCUCAGCAGAUGAACAGAUAAAUAAAUUUGAUUAUCAUAUCUUUCCUUUUUGUAAGCUUAACGUUAUAAUAGUAUUAUUUAUGUAUUUUAAAGAGUAUAAAGCUAUAUGUUAUGAAUUAUUUUUGUAAAAAAAUUAGAAAUGGUAAAAUAACGAAGUUUCUGUAUUAAUCUUACGGUUAAUUCUUGAAUUAAUUAUAUCUUAGAAUGCCUGUGAUGCAUCUGGCUUUUGUCAGCCUUGUUAGUCUUAUGGGAUGGCUUUUGUUUGAACUGUCAUUUUCAUGGGAGGGCUUUUGUCCGUCCUGUCAUUUUGGACGGGAGGGCUUUUUUCUUUGAGGGCUUUUGUCCCCUACACUCUUCACACACACAUGAAUAUUGCAAGUAAAUAGAAUGAAAAUUCAUGAACAAAAUUGUAUGCUGUUGUUAUUUAAGUUGAUUUUUAACUGUUUAGCAUGGCUUUAUUCAUGUGCCUAUCACUCUUUAGGAAAUACACAAACAUAUUUCCUUCAUGCAGAUUUUUUGCAAGAAUUAUUUUUCAAAAUUUUAAGCAAUGAUUAUGUACACUUCCGGCAGCAAGAUCUUUAUCUGUAUAUAGCUUUAUACACUUUAUAAACUUUAUUCACCAUCACUAAAUUUGCACACAAUUUGUAACAAAUACUAAUUUAGGUAUGCUUGAUUUGUCACACAAUUUUCAAAUUCACUUUUAGAUUGUGAAAACAGCAUGCUGUUUGUAGUGCUUCUUAUCUUUAAACAUUUUGUCACCAGGUUGAACAUGUUAAGUGAUUUUAAAUUACAAAAAAUGUAGUCAUAAACCUAAUUGAUGCUUUUCAUGUGACUUAAAGUUUGCUUAAAUAUAUAUAUUUACAAAAUCAGUCAGAAACCUGAAAGAAACUUGAUAGAUAGAAAUAUAGUGAUAAAUACACUAAUUUGUAAAAAUUUUAGUUACAUUUUGUGCCAUUGGAUUGUUAAUACUUUUUAAGUGACAUAAUGCUCUUUUUUCACUGUCUUGUUAAACCAAAAUACUUACAUAUUUCAAAAGAUUGACUAUUAUAAUGGUCAUUGACUAAUUAUUGAUUAUGAGUAACAGGAAAAAAAAUAAAACUGAAAAUAAAUCUUUCUUGUAAUUGGCAAGAUGUAAAACUACAUAUUUUGAAAUUUGCCGGAAUAGUCAACUACUCCUCCCCCCACCCCUUCUGGAUCCAUGCAUGGUUUGAUCAGAUAAAUUGGAAAGUAUUUAUAGAUGCAUUUCAUAUUGUGACUAAAGCUUAAAAGUUGUAGGUGUCAUAAUAUAGAGGGAUGAAAUAUUCUGCAAUAUUUUUACGUUUGUAUAAUGUUUUAGACAUAUAUGCUCUUAGUAAUGUGUCACAAGAAAGAAUGAACAUUUUGUUAAUUUGGGGUGAAGCAAAAUUUAACUUAUGACUUACCUUUUGUUGGAGUUUAAAUGAAAUGGCAAAUCAUUGCAACUUCUUUUAUUAGAUAUAUUUAUACAUACAUUAUAUAUAAUUAUGUGUGUGUGUUUUUAUUGAUAUACAUGUAUAUAUGCUUAUUUUUAUCAUGACAUCUAUUCUGUUGCUGUUUUGAAGUACUAUGUUUAAAAAAAACUUGUUUUCCAUUUUAUCUUAGCUGUAAUAUUUUAUUUAAAUGUUUGUGCUGUAUAUUUCAAAAUAAGCUGUAUAUUUUUGUAAAAGUUUAAUUGAAAGAAUGCAAAAUUAUCGUAUUAAUUCUUCUGAACGCACAUAACUUUAUUACGAUAAAGUUGCGAGUAGCACCCGUUUUCUGGUCUUUGCAUGAUUGUAUUUAUUGGGCGUUCAGUAGAAUUAAUACGUUAUGUUACUGUAUGUAAAUUUUGACUUAAAUCAUACCAUUUUUACCUCUCUUCACACAGUCAUGUGAUUGAUGUGAAAUAGACGUUUUAUAUCUGUGAUGAAGAAUAAAAUGAGGUUCCCUACACAGUACUGUUAUCAUUUGUUUAAUAAUAUCAGUGUGGUUAAUGAAAUGAAAUUGUUAAGUGCCUCAGAAACAAAUUAAUUUUCCAUGCUUUAGACAUGGCAAACGUGAGUAAACAGCCUAUAUAAUGGUUUUAGAGCAUGUUUUUUUGUUUAUCA